AUGGUGAGUCACGCAGACAGGGCCAGCUCUACAGCUUUUGCCACCCCAAGCAGUGAAAAGAACUGCCACCGCAGACAGCAAAAGGGAGAAGCUGCUGCUGGUAGCGGAACUGAGAAGCUGCCGCCAAAUUGCCGCCAUGGCCGGCGGGACAGAGGAGCUGCUGCCGCCGAAUUGCCACCGCCGCGGAGACACUGUCCCCCCUUUCUAACUGCCGCCCCAAGCACUGCUUGGAACGCUGGUGCCUUGAGCCGGCCCUGCAUGCAGACCAUCAGACUUCAUCAUCAGAAGAUGCAUGCAAAGCACCAUGGCCACGAAUCUAUGCAUAUGGAGAUGAUUCUUAUUCUCAUUGCAGCCUUGGAAGUGGCACAGAUUGUACUCGUUCAAUGGAAGCAAACACACUGCAGGUCAUACAAUCUGGUAACCCUCCUGCAGAUGUGGGUUGUUCCUUUGUAUUUCACCAUCAAACUUUACUGGUGGCAAUUUCUGUCCAUGUGGGGAAUGUUCACAAACAUUACCAGGUAUGUUUCCUUUUCUCUGAUCCACAGGUUGGUCUACAAGUGGUUUCUUCUUCUCUAUAAACUGAGUUAUGCAGUUGGAAUUGUGGGUUAUUUAGAUAUAAUGUUUACCAUGUUUGGAUUUAAUUUAGUCUUUCAAAUCAAGACUGAAGAUUCCAUGGAUUUUGGUGUGAUUUUGCUGUUUUAUGGACUCUACUAUGGAGUGAUGGGAAGAGACUUUGCAGAGAUUUGUUCUGAUUACAUGGCUUCCACUAUGGGGUAAUUUUAUAAUGUCAGUGGGAUGCCUACAAGAAAUUUGUCCAACAACAUCUGUGCAGUCUGUAGACAGAAAAUCUUUGUGGACAUAAAUGAGGAAGGGAUCAUUGAAAAUACCUACCAGCUGUCAUGCAAUCAUGUAUUUCAUGAAUUUUGCAUCCGAGGUUGGUGCAUUGUUGGCAAAAAGCAGACUUGCCCAUACUGCAGCGAGAAAGUUGAUUUAAAGAGAAAGUUAAGUAACCCGUGGGAGCGUACACCUGUUUUGUAUGGGCAACUGUUGGAUUGGCUCCACUAUCUGGUGGCCUGGCAACCAGUUGUUAUAGGAAUAGUCCAAGUCAUUAACUAUUCGUUGGGCUUAGAAUAG